CAGGGGCAGCCCAAGCGGGGUUUCGUUCAUCAGCCGAGGUCGCCCCUCAGGUGUAAUAUGCUGACUGUCUCUUUACAGUCUUGUCCCUCGGCCGCGCUCAGAGGGGGGGUAUGGGGAGAGAAGGCUUCGAAGAAGCCGUCCCCACUCCCCCUAACCCUCUCCGCGCGCCGCCAAGUUGCGCUCCUACUGGAGACGCACCCGCCCGUUGGCGACAGCAGCCUGGGGCGGACCUGUGAAGCCCGGGGCGCCCCGCCUCCUCAGAAGGCCUCCCGCCGUUCAUCGGCAGCCAUCUCUGACGCCUGGGAAUGCGGCCGAGCAUCUGCUUCAGAAGCCUCCCCCCGGGCGGAGAGCUGGCCCGGUGUCUCGAGCACGUUCGCCUCUCCGGCGUGGUGGUCAACAGACAGUCGCCUGCCCAGGAAGGCAUGUCGACAUCCUUGUCCAGAGGUUCCCCGUGCUCUCGCAGGAGCCCCCCCCCCCCGCGGCCCUGCCCUCUCCCGCCGCGCGCCGCCCAGGCCGUACGACAGGUCGGGCGCGAAGCCGGUCGGGGAUCCCGACUUCCGCUGGCCGCCCAAGGCUCCUCAGGCACCCGUACCGGGAGAGCCUCUGGACGAGGCGCAGCUCGAGGAGGUGCGCGGGAAGAUGCACUUCAACAUAUGGCAGGCCGUCAUCACGCACGACUGGGGCCUGUGGGAGCGGCGGAUCUGGGACAUGCGCGAGCGGCGGAUCCCCUACGACGAGGUGACGUACACGCUGCUGAUUCACGGCUACGUGCUGUCCCACCGCCACUUGGAUGAGAAUGCACGCUUCGUGCUCGAAGAGAUGCGCCAGGCCGAGACGCACCCAGCACUGCUGCGGCUGAACGAGCGGAUGGUGGACUCCGCCUUCGAGCUCAAGCAGCUUGGCAUGCGGGGCACGGCGAGAAACUGGCAGAACGUGCUGCGCCUCUGUUGGCACUGCGCGGUCCGCUUCCAGAAGAAGCGCCAGAGGCGGAUGCAGAGCGAGCUGGAGGCCCUGGAGCCGGACGAGGUGCUGGCCCUCGACCGCGAGGACGCGAGGCGGUGGUUGCGCGGCCACGACCGCGUGGCGCUCCCAGCCAACGCAGGUCCGGCGAGGUUCCUGGCCCCCUCCUCGCCCCCCAGGCUGGCGCUGCCGGCGCCGCGAGGCAGGAAGUCCAAGCGGUCGUCUGCCCGUGCCGGGGAGGCCGCUGGCAGGUAG